AAGAUUGCAAUUACUUUGAAAGUUGUGUACUUUACAAAUUUUUCCUAAUAUUUCGAGCAGAUCUAAAACUAAUAUCGGUGUUCAGAGGCCCCACAGAACCUGGAAAGACGUAUGAUGAGCGAGUAUUAGAAGUUCGACGUGAUCCAAACAGAACUUCUCAUAUAGCGCUUGUAGCAGGCACAGAAGGCAAACGAUGGAUACUGGCGACAGAAAAUAUGAAGGCUGGCGACAUUAUCUCGACAACGUGUUACAUACCGGAGAAUCCAGUCAUUGGUGUUGAGGGAAAUUCGUAUCCUGUAGGAUCUCUUGUAGCUGGAACUCUAGUCAAUAGUAUUGAACGAUUUCCGACAUUGAUAGAAUACUUGGAUAGUGAUGUGUUUGUCGUAAAGGCAGGUACGGCGGCAACCAUUGUCCGACAUCAGGGAGACUUCACCGUUAUUCGGGUAAAAGAACUUUUUCUCAUUAGCUUGUUGAAUGGGGCUGAUAUCCUUCAAUAA